ACGUAGAGUAUACCCAUCUUACAUUAGCGUCUCGUAGCGGCAAGGUAAACAAUGCUUCGCUGACGCGAGCCGCCUAGAGUGUUAAACUUAAUAAAAUUAUUGUUUAACAUUUGGCGAGGCUCUGUGUAAUCCUAAAAAUGCCGUCAGUCUGCUGUGCUCCACAUUGCACAAAUUCUAGCAAGAAAGGAUUUCGUCUUGUCAACUUUCCGGUCGAGAGUAAUUUGCGAGAUGCAUGGAAAAAUGCUAUAGGACGUCCUACUGAUUGGGAACCACGGCGUGGAGACCAGCUUUGCGAGGUGCAUUUCAAAAUUUCGGAUUGGCAUGAGGGCAGGAAAGUUUUGAAACCUCAUGUCACACCUUCUUUGUGUAUCCUUCUGAAGCCAUACAAGACUAAGGAAAAGAAGAUAAUAUCAUCUGCCUCAAAACAUUCAAAGAGGACUGAAAAGAACUUUCCUGCCAUGCAUCGACCCACUGUGAAAAACAUGCGUACUGUGCCUUCCAAACAGUUGUGUUCAGUAGUUAAAGAAACCGAGAAGCAUGACAGACUCGAACAAUUUCUAUUGGAAGAACGAAGCUGUUUGGAGAGGGUAGAGGAAGGUUUGAUAGCCGAUCAGGGCUCUUUGCAAGAAAUUCUGUUUUUAAAGCAAAUGGACAUGUUUGAAGAAAUGUACAUGUGAGUGAUGCCUGUGUGGCAAGGGAAGACUGA